UCAUACGAACCAAGAGCUAACGGCAGCUGAACCCGAGUCCGGUAGAUGUUAACUUUAAAUCGUGUUUUUGGAACGGGACUAUAAAACAGGUGUCUCCUCCUCACGCGCUUUAGUUGUGUCCGGGUGUCCUCGCGCUGAAGUUGUCCUCGACAUGCUGUGGACUCGGUGGCUCGUGCUGCUGCUGUGCUGGAGGGUCACGGGCGGAGAGCAGGAGGAUGGUGAAAGGGACGCGACCCCCGCCGAGGUCCGGGCGGACUCCCGCCGACAGCGGUCCCCUCCGCCGGCGGAGCCGCUGGACUUCGGUUUUGUACCGGCAGCGGUUUAUGACACUCACGCUUACUAUGAACCGGGAGCCAUCGGGAUCCUUUUCCACAUGGUCCACGCAUUUCUCUAUGUGGUUCAGCCCAACGCCUUUCCCGAAGAUCUGAUUAUUAAAAUUGUUCAGCAAAACAAGGGGGGACUCAAAAUGGAAGAACUGAGAAAGCCAGAAAACGUGGUCCUGUUGUUGCAGUGGCUCUACUAUGAAACCGGAUUCAUUAUCUGUGCGACCAUCGGGGUGCUGUUUGUUGUCCUCACCCCAAUCAUCGGCUUAUGUUUCUGUAUGUGCCGAUGCUGUGAGAACUGUGGAGGGGAGAUGCACCAGAGACAAAGGAAGAACGCCGACUGCCAGCGAGGUUUCUACACGGCCUCACUCAUCGUGACCUCCAUCUUCAUCAUUGCAGGCGUAGUAAUCGCUUAUGCUGCGAAUCAUAAUAUCAGUGCCCAGAUCAAGAACACGCAACGAUUCAUCAGUACCAAUAUGAGGGACCUGAAGACAUUUGCAAACAAUACACCUGCGCAAGUUGAGUACUUGAUGGCUCAGUACACCGUCGUAAAGAACAAAGUCCUGUCAGACUUGGACAAUAUUGGGCCUGUGCUAGGUGGGAGAAUCCACAGUCAGCUGGAGAAGGAGGUGGUUCCUUCCCUGGACACGGCCUUGCGUAUGGCAGGAGCAAAAGUUGAGAUUGCCAUCAAAGCCAUGAGGGAGACAAAGGAGGCCCUAGAGAACGUCAGCUCCUCCUUGGAGGUGCUCCAGGAGGGGACAGGGAAGCUUCAAACCAGUCUGUCAGCAGAACGAGCAUCUCUGUCCAACACCUUGUCCGACCCCGCUUGCACCAACGGAGCUGUGUCGCCCACCUGCAAAGCCAUCCGCUCCACGCUGUCACAGCUGGAAAUCAGUGCAGAUUUCUCCAGGCUCCCAAGUGUCAAUCAGCCGUUGACCAACAUCAAGACCAUUCUGAAAACAGAUCUCAGCAACAUCGUCCAAAAGGGUUACUCAUCGUUUAACGAUACACCAAGUAUGGUUAAAGAGCAAACUAAAAACAUUGUCGCAGCUCUGCCUCGAGUGAAAGCCAUGUUGGACAAGUUUGGCGCAGAGAUCAACGGUUUCUCGAAGAUGUUUCCGGUGGAGGCCUCUCUGGUCAAUUUCACCAUGUUCCUCAACAAAGGACAGAAGAACAUUGAGUCGUAUUAUCCUCAAAUGGACCAAGUGGACUUCUACAGGUGGAUUGGCUGUGUGGCGGUACUCUGCAUAGUUGUCUUGAUCCUGGCCUUCAACAUUCUGGGUCUCCUCUCCGGCACCUGCGGCUACGACAAACAGGCCACACCCACAACCCGCGGCUGCCUCUCAAACACUGGAGGCAACCUGCUCAUGGCAGGUGUGGGCUUCAGCUUGAUCUUUGCCUGGGCUCUGAUGGCCUUAGUGACCGCCUUGUUUGUGGCUGGUGGCAACCUGGAGAAGCUGGUGUGUGAACCUCUGGCUAACCGGCAGUUUUUCAAGAUCAUAGAUGCACCGUACUUAGUUCAUCCUGCCAAGAAGAACUUCCUUCCUGGAAUGUUGUUCCAGAAUCCAAACAUCCACUUGACUGGAAGCAUGUACCGAGAAUGCUAUCAGAACAAUGGACUCUACCACGCUCUGCAACUAGAGACCAUGUUCAACAUCAACUCCUUCCUCAACAGAACCGUGUACAACAAUGAUCUGGCCAAAGUGUUUGACAGCGUGCACAUCGACUUACGUGACAUCACAUUGCUGGAACAAGCUGGCAGGGACAACCUCAUCAACUUUGCCAAUUCUGGAGUUGGACUGAUUGACUACGAAAUAUACCUAUCGGAGGUAAAAAAGGGAGUCACUGUCGUAGAUCUUCUGUCCUUCUGCAGUGACCUUGAAGCACAAGCUGACAAACUGCCGCGCGGCGCGCUGGAAAACGCACUGAAAGGACACGCGAACAGCAUCAGACACAUUCACAGAGAACAUGUGGUUCCCAUGGAGCAAGCAACGAAAUAUGUCAGAGCGCGGAACACACUGAGUCAGAGCAUCCGGAAGCUCCAACGCAUGACUUCUGAGCUGCCGGUUAAAGUCAACAAUAUCCUGAGUGCUAUUGAUGCAGCGGAGUACCUCCUCUCUCAUAACGCCUCUCACGUGGUUAAACAGGAAACAAAGGGCUACACACAGAGAUUAGUGGGUUACUUCACACAGUACACAGAAUGGGUGAAAAACUCGCUGACUGCAGAGGUCGCUCAGUGCAAACCCAUCAGUAACAUUGUGGACAGCAUAGAAAUAGUCGCUUGCAGCUUCAUACUGGAUUCGGUGAACACAUUCUGGUUCGGUCUGGGCGCCUGCUGCAUCCUACUGAUCCCCAGCAUCAUCUUCUCAGUCAGACUGGCCAAGUAUUACAGAAGGAUGGACACAGAGGAUGUCUUUGAAGAUAUGGAUAAUACAGGUUACCCUGCCGAACAGGUGAGCGGUAUCCAUGGAAACCUUGCUAUGGUCAGCUCCCCCUACUUCAACACCUUGACCCGCUUCCCGCGGGCCUCUGCCCUCACAAGAUGCUCUGACUGCUGAACCAAAGGAACGUUCUUCCUCUCACAAAGAGGACAAGAGAGCUGGAAUUGACCACAGAACCUUGAACCAACGUGGUAUGUGAUGAUCUGACCUUCAUCUUCAAUAAGGAGUAAGAAAGUGAAAGUUAUGACGCCUUUUCAAAUCAAAAGGGAAGAACAACAACAAUCACAACCUGUACAACGAGGAGCCAUCUUGUUUGACAAGGACUUCGGAUACUAGAAAACUAAUUUGUCAUCUUUUCUCCCGUGUCUUUUUAGAGUCACACAGCUUAUCGAUUCUCAACGCUUUGUUCCUGCAUCCCUUUGAACAUUAGCAAAUACUUUGUCAUUCAGUUGAAUACUAUGGCACAUAUGUAAAUGUUUUUUACACUUUCAAAUUUUUUGAAAGUUUUAUAUAUUUUUGUUCAUGUUUGUUUUAUAACAUUUUGGUAGUUUUUUUUUUUUUUAUAGUAGUAAGAUUAUCUGGCUGAAUAUCUGAAUAUGGCAUCAUUUUGGCUCAAAGAUUGUAUUGACCAGCUACAUUGUUACCGGUUUGUUUUGGCAAGAUAUUUCUAAAUAGUGCAGUGAAAAAUCAUUCAAAUGGUGAUACAAGCAUUACGUUUUGUAUGAAAUUAAAAAGUUACAUAAAAUUCCAAGAUAGCUGCCAUUUUUCAAGAUAGCGAUCAAUGGCGACAUUUUGGCCAAAAUAUUUUUUGCACCUUGAGCAGGAAGAACACA